AUGAUCUAUAACGUGUUGUUUUGAUAGGUUAUUUUUUCAAAUUUUGGCACAUAAUCUAAAUUACCUUUAAUUAAACCAUAAUUGUAAUUGUUAUCGACUUAAUCUAUUAAUCAUUUUCGAAGUUAUCUGAAUAUGUAAUCGUAGGUUUUUAUUAUUGAAAAUUGAACUGUAUGAACUUAGAUGAAUAGUUAGUAAACAAAAUGGAUCAUAUUCAUUUUACAAUUACUCAACAAUGUUCUAAUAGUAAAGGAGGCCGAUUAGGCACAAUAAAAAAUUUAACAAAACAAAAUUCUCAAAUUGACACACCCGGUCUCAUGUUUUAUACAAAGUCUGGAAGUGUUCCUCAUAUAUCUCGUGAAGUUUUUCAAAUGAUUAUACCUGAUGAUCAAGUGUUAUUUAAUUUCCCAUUACCUACUCAUUAUGGAUUUUUCAAACCAAUAGAAAAAUUAAACAAGAGCUUAGUUAGUUUUGUUGGCUUAAAGGGUUAUUCCUCAUUUUGUUCUAUUAGAGACUACACUACAAACAAUAUUACUGGUUAUAAUAAAAAGGAUCAAGUUGCUAUUAAAACUAAAGCUGGAAAUCAAUUGAUAAAUUAUGAAAAGUAUAUGCAUUUCAUGGAAGCCUUCAAACCAAGUUUGUAUGUUACCCUCUGUGUUUCUGAAACUGAUAUGAAUAGUUCACCAUCAUCAAUAGAAAAGUCUGUAAACUUGACAAAUAGAAUUUUUGAACAAAGUUUAAAGUAUCACAACGAAUCCAAGAUACUACAAAAAAGUGGCAUAAUAGCUCCCAUUCAGGGUGGAUAUAGUAUUAGCGAAAGAAUUCGAUCUGCUGAAUUUCUCUCUCAAUUUGACGUAUUUGGAUAUCUUUUAGACGGGUUUGCAAAUGAUGGUUCUUCAAUUGAAUUUAUUACCAAAGAUAUGCUGCAACCUAUUAUUGACAAAACGCUAGAACAAUUACCAAAUGAAAAAAUUAAAAUAAUAUGUGGUGCUUGGAGUCCUAGUGUUGUUAUUGAUUUGAUAAAUAGUGGAAUAGAUUUAUUUGAUACAUCUUUACCCUAUUUAUUAGCUGAGAGAGGUUCUGCCUUAGUUUUUGAUUAUAAACUAGUAUAUAAGGAUAACUUGAUAAGUAUGAACAUUUUAAAUAAUAAUGAUAAAAUGAAUCAAGAUCAUAUUGAUAAAACGUAUUAUGAAAUGAAUUUGAGAAAUGAAAGACAUUUUGAAAGCCUAAUACCAAUAAAAGAUACAUGUAUUUGUUUGGCUUGUAAAAAACACACAAGAUCUUAUAUUCAUCAUCUACUUCAAUCGAAAGAAAUGCUGGGCUCUUUAUUGUUAACUAUACAUAAUCUUCAUUAUUACUAUCAGUUCUUCAAUGAUAUUCGUGAAGUAUUAAAAAAGAGCCAAAACUAUGUCACUGUUUGUCCUAUUAAUUGAUAAGAUAAUUAAACUUAUAAAAACAGA